AUGAAAUUCAUCAUUGUUACUUUUGUUUUGGGUGUAUUCUUUAUCGGCAAAAAUUGUGCUCUUGAGGCCGAUAAUUAUACAAAUUAUAUUGAGGAACUUAGUCAAGAUGAAAAAUUUCUUGAAGAAUAUGCUGCAUGGUCAUUCAAACUCUUUUCUCAACCAGAUUAUCUUUAUGGUAGUCCACAUCAAAAUUUUCCGUGCCCUAUUCCAAAAGAUUCUCAUGUUCCAAAAACAAUACAUGAACUACGACCAAGUGAUGUUAAAUGUGUUGGUGCUAUAGGCGAUAGUUUAACAGCUGGUUUAGGUGCACAAGCAGUUACUCCAGUUGGUUUAUUACUCGAAUAUCGAGGUAUAUCUUGGUCGAUAGGUGGAGAUCUUACAUAUUCAAAAGUACUUUCAGUACCCAAUGCUUUACGACAAUAUAAUGCAGACGUUAAAGGUUUUUCUACGAAAGUAUCCGUUAUAUUUCUUAAUGGUCAAAAUGCUGCAAAUAAUCGACUCAAUGUUGCUAAAUCGGGUGAUCGAUCGAAUCAUAUGCCUGAUCAAGCUGCAUUACUUAUGGAUCGAAUGAAAACUGAAAAAAUAUGUGAUUGGAAUAAUGAUUGGAAAGUUAUUACACUUUUUAUCGGGGGUAAUGAUUUAUGUAGCUUUUGUGAAGAUCCAAAUAUAACAAAACAUACACCAGAACAAUAUUUAAGUUAUGUACGUGAUACGCUUGAUAAAUUAUAUGAAGCACCAUUACCACGUACAUUUGUUAAUCUUGUUCUUGUACUUGAUGUUCGUGGUGUAAAAGAUCUUAAUAGUGGUGGUUUUGUUUGUCAAACACUUCAUAAACGAACAUGUCCAUGUGCUGCUUUUCCAACAGAAGAAGAAAUAAAAAUCUUAGAUGAUUAUAUACCACGAUAUCACCAAAUACUUAUUGAUUUAGUUAAUUCAGGUCGUUAUGAUAAACGUGAUGAUUUUACUGUUGUUAUUCAACCAUUUAUGGCAAAAACUAAAAUACCAUUAAAAAAUAAUGGCGAAAUUGAUUUCAGUUAUUUUGCACCAGAUUGUUUUCAUUUUAGUGGCAAAGGUCAUGCACAAGCUGCACUUUCACUUUGGAAUAAUAUGCUUGAACCUGUUGGUGCUAAACAAUGGUUUUGGCAUAUAAAUGAAACAUUAAAUUGUCCUACAGAAAAAUAUCCAUAUAUAUUUACUAAUAACAAUUCAGCUGAAGCAUUAGAUGAAUAUAAACGUUCAACAAUACCUCAAACAACACAUCGUACUUCGUUCAUGACUAGUAGUCAUAGCUCAAAACCAAGUGAUCAUACAACAAAACAUCAUAAACAUCAUAAAUCACAUUCUGAUAGAUCAUUUAGCAGGAUGCAAUUAGUUGUUUUUGCUAGUUUCUUUCUUUUAAUUAUGGUACUUUUAAUAUUGGCUGUUAGUAAACGACAACAAAUUCGUAUUUUUAUUCAUGGUGCUGGACGACGUCAUAUAAAUGGUUUUGAUGAUCCAAAAUAUCCAGAUGAGCAUGAUGAAGUCGAAGUUUGGAAUCGAUUAAAUUUAAAAUCAAAUUUUUCUAUUAAUAAUGAUAUUCCAAAAACACAUGGUACACGUAUUUCUUUUGAAUAA